CUGCAAUGCAGAGGAGGGGCCAUGACACUAGCUAGAUCCAUCGAGGAGGAACCGCCCCUGCAAUGCAGAGGAGGGGCCAUGACACUAGCUAGAUCCAUCGAGGAGGAACCGCCCCUGCAAUGCAGAGGAGGGGCCAUGACACUAGCUAGAUCCAUCGUUUGGAUCUUUGAACUUUUCUUGAAUGAAACAACAUCUCUCUAGAAAAAUGAUCCCAGAGCUGUCCAGUCCCUCAGUGUGUAUGAGGGACCCUCAGAGGGUGGAAGAGAUCAUCAAGGCCAUACAGAAGGCUGGCACCAGCACGAUUCAGGUGAUUUCAGACUUCAACAUGACCCUCACACGGUUUGCCUACAAUGGGAAGCGGUGCCCUCCCAGUCACAAUAUCCUGAACAACAGCAGGCUCAUCAGUGAGGAGUGCAAAGCACAGCUGAAGGACCUGCUCAACACAUAUUACCCCAUCGAUUCCAAACGGACAGCGGAGGAGAUGGUGGAGUGGUGGACUAAAGCCCAUACUCUUCUGGUGCAGCAGCGCAUCAGGAAAGACCUGCUGCAGGAUGUGGUGAAGGAGUCCGAUGCUAUGCUCAGGGAGCUCUACCAGCUGUUCUUUGACCACAUGCAGGAGCACAGCAUCCCUCUGCUCAUCUUCUCUGCUGGGCUAGGAGACGUGCUGGGGGAGUGUUGAACAAAUCAAAAUAUAGUUUGUAUUUCAGGUUCUUCGGGGUGGCCGCCAUUUGCCUUGAUGACAGCUUUGCGCGCUCUUGAUAUUCUCUCAACCA